AUGUCCGUCUUUUCAUUCUUCCUUCAUUUUUUCUGUCUUUCUUUCCUUUUGUUUUGUUUGUUUUUUUUUUGCUUUUCUGUCUAUUUUUUUUUCUUUGAUUUAUAUUCUUCUUUUCUUCAUGUUCUUUUUUCUGUCUUCUUUUACUUUUGUUUAUUUUUCUUUGAUUUCUAUUUCUCCUUUUGCUCUUUUACGUCUUUAUUUUCUUUCUUUCUUUCUUUCUUUCUUUCUUUCUUUCUUCUCAUGUUUUCUUUUUCGUGUAUUUAUUCUUUUAAUUCACCCCGUCUUCGUUCACGUCCCUCUUUUCUUUCUUUCUUUUUGCCUAGUUUCAUUCAUUCAUUCUUUCUUUCUAUGUCGCUUUUUAUAACAUAUUUUCCUUCAUUUUCAUUCGUAAUUUUCUUCUUUCAUCCUACCUUUUUUAUUCUUUCUUUUCAAUCGGCUCCCUUCUUUCUUUCUCUAAGAUACCUUUGUCAGUUCUUUCUCUCUUUUCCUUUCUUACUUUAUCUCUCUUUUAUUCACCAUUUUGUUUUAUUCAUUUGCAUCUCUUUUUUACCCUUUCCUCUCUCUCUUUCUUCUAUAUCCUCACUUGUUUGUUGCUGCAACUUGGCAUCUCACAUUCGGGAAAACCUGUAG